AUGCAGCGCAUUUUUGCUACCGUGAACAUGGAGUCUCCGAUGUACGAUGCUUCCCUCACCAUCAAUGAGAGCGUAGCGGAGGGGAACGCCUCACCUCCUGACCUCGACAAGCCCCCUUUGUUCUUCGGCUACACCACAUUGAUCUAUUCUCUGCUUUUUAUGGUGUGGUUUGUGUACAGCAUGUGCACCUGCCUAACAGAGGAAACGAUGACAGGUCACCGUGCUUUGCCGAUCCUUGACCCACGCUGGCAUCGCGUUCUCUGGGUCGGUGUCUCGCCUCAACUUCUUUUCUUCUGCCUCUAUGGCACCUGGAUUGGAUGGAAGUUUUUUAAGCACAACUGA